UGUUUUGUUUGAAAGCUUGCCGUAGGCCAGAAUCAGCAGCGUUGAGACAACAGCGUAGAAACAACUCGUCUGAGUCCCUCAUCCUGGCUCUUAUCUGUCCAUUCGCCGACGCUUGUAAUACCCCACGUCCCACUUUGGGAUGGACGAAACGAGCCCCCUCGUCUCCCCUCUCCAGGACUCCAUAGAUUACAACUACUGCCAGAGCGAAGCCAACAGUCCGAGAACGCCGGGUUCUGUUGUGCGAGUGUCGGCUGGGAGCCCGGGACGCAGCCGUGAGAGACAGCCGCUUCUGGACCGGGACAGAGGGAAUUCUCCGCGGGAUCCACACAGGAAUGAGUUUCCGGAGGACCCGGAGUUUAGGGAGAUCGUGAGAAAAGCAGAACAAGCCAUAGAAGAAGAAAUAUUUCCAGAGAGGAUCUGCCAAGGGUCCAGUGGUAGCUACUUCGUCAAAGACUCUCAAGGGAAGGUCAUUGGUGUGUUCAAGCCGAAGACUGAGGAGCCGUACGGUCAGCUGAACCCAAAGUGGACCAAGUGGCUCCAGAAGCUGUGUUGUCCCUGUUGCUUCGGACGGGACUGUCUGGUCCUGAACCAGGGCUAUCUGUCUGAGGCCGGGGCCAGUCUGGUGGACCAGAAACUAGAGCUCAAUGUCGUGCCCCGGACCAAGGUGGUGUACCUGGCCAGUGAUACGUUUAACUACAAUGCUAUAGACAGAGUCAAGUCUCGGGGAAAGAGGCUAGCUCUGGAGAAAGUUCCCAAAGUGGGACAGCGCUUCCACAGAAUAGGCCUCCCUCCUAAGGUGGGAUCAUUCCAGUUGUUUGUGGAGGGCUACAAAGACGCAGACUAUUGGCUGAGACGGUUUGAGGCGGAGCCUCUUCCAGAGAACACCAAUCGGCAGCUGCAGCUUCAGUUCGAGAGACUGGUUGUCCUCGAUUACAUAAUCAGGAACACAGAUCGGGGAAACGACAACUGGCUGUUAAAAUAUGACUGUUCAAUGGACACGGAAGGGAAACGGGACACAGACUGGGUGAUGGUAAAGGAGCCUAUCAUCAGACUGGCAGCCAUAGACAACGGCUUGGCCUUCCCAAUCAAACACCCUGACUCCUGGAGAGCCUAUCCAUUCUACUGGGUGUGGCUGUCCCAGGCUAAGAUUCCUUUCUCUCAGGAGAUUAGGGACUUAGUUCUGCCAAAACUGUCUGACCCCAACUUCAUAAAAGAUCUGGAGGAAGACCUCUACGAACUCUUUAAGAAGGAUCCAGGUUUUGACAGAGGGCAGUUUCACAAACAGAUAGCUGUGAUGAGGGGACAGAUCCUGAACCUGAGCCAGGCCUUGAAGGAGAGUAAGACCCCGCUACACCUGGUUCAGAUGCCCCCAGUCAUAGUGGAGACAGCCCGAGCACCACAGAGAGCCAACAGUGAGUCCUACACACAGAGCUUCCAGAGCAGGAAACCCUUCUUUACCUGGUGGUAGAGGAGAAGAGGAGGCAAGCGGUGGAGUGGAGGAGGCAAGCGGUGGAGUGAAGGAGGCAAGCGGUGGAGUGAAGGAGGCAAGCGGUGGAGUGAAGGAGGCAAGCGGUGGAGUGAAGGAGGCAAGCGGUGGAGUGAAGGAGACUCGGGGGAGGAAGAAUGGAUAUGGUAGGAUCAGAAAGAGGAGGGGGGAGGAGGAAGAUGAGAAUUGAUAGGAGGAAUGAACCAGAUUGAGAGACUGAAGAGUAGAGAGACAAAGGCCAAGUAGAAGAGUAUAAAAGGAGAGAAAGAGGAGAAGAAGAGCUUUGUCCAAAAACCUCUGCCUUAAUCCUGUUUCAUCAGUCAGUAAAGCUCUUCCCCUCUCCCGCUCCAUAGCCAAUAGGAAGCUAGGUAUGUUUAUACUUUCCCUGGAAUCCAUCACAUUCACAGUUGGGCUUUAACUACAGACAUUCACCAGAAAGAUGGGAGGGUGGAGAUGGAGAGAGAUGGAGGAGUCACAGUUGUGCUUUAACUACAGACAUUCACCAGAAAGAUGGGAGGGUGGAGAUGGAGGAGUCACAGUUGUGCUUUAACUACAGACAUUCACCAGAAAGAUGGGAGGGUGGAGAUGGAGGAGUCACAGUUGUGCUUUAACUACAGACAUUCACCAGAAAGAUGGGAGGGUGGAGAUGGAGAGAGAUGGAGGAGUUACAUUGAGUAAAGAGAUAAUGAGAUUGUCUAGUGUCAACAUUCAGAAUGUCAAAAAAAAGAAGAGAAAGAAAGAGAGGUAUGGUAUAUAGGAGAGUUUGGGUAGCCCUACACUGGUAGCUGGCUGAAAUAUGAUUAUAGAGACCAAAAACUGUGAAAGGCUCCAACUAUAGUAGAGGUUCCCAAUUGAUGGUUCUAUGGUAGCAUUCUCUUUCAGUGACUGAAUGUGCAAAAAAAAGUAGUCCAAUCAAAUCCAUCCAAGUGCACAGAAAAGGUUUUUACCUAAGGCUAAAUAUUUCAGCCCCAACUCUUAAUUUUCCUUACCAAGUUACAGAUUUAGUAGCAUCUCUUAUGGAAGCAUGGCAUUACCAUGACAUGUAUGGCAUGUAGCUAGCAAGCAGAUAAGAAGUCAAGUGUCCUGACAUUUGGUUUCCAAAAUUCCGGUAACUUUCCCAAAUUCCUAGGUUUUCCAGAAAUCCUGGUUGGAGAAUUACGGAUUCCCUGCUUAUGUCCUUCUGAUUCCGGGAACCCUUGAACUUGAAAAACCUAAAGUUACCCUAUGGUGUAUGAAUGCUGUGGUCAGACAUUCAGCGUUUGGGGCCUUAUUUGAAUGAGUCUCUUUCUUUGAUACAGAAGAACCUGACUGCAGUAGCCUGGUUGGACCAGACUGAACACUGCAUUUACCAUUGUCAACACUUCCGUGUUAAGUCUGGGUUAACCAGGCUGACUUUAGGGCCAGGUUAUAGGUGGUACUCGCGUUGUAGUCUUUUAGGUUUGAACUGCAGACUGAAGAGCCAUGUUCAUUAGGGUACACUGUAGGAAGGUUUGCAACAGAAAAAAGGAAAAUAAGACAUAGAAGGAUCUAACUUCACUCCUUUUCUGGCACUUUUCUUCCAUAUCAUGCCUACUGAACAUAACCCAGGCAACAGUACCUGAUGUGUUAUUGGCAUGUGAUGGGAGCCCUGUGGCACCACCUAGGGGAGGACUGCAAUGUAGUCGGUCUCAAACACGCACAUUGCCUGUCAUGCUUGUUUCCCAUUUCUCAUUUUGUCUUUGUUACGUUGACAUUUUUUGUAUUUUGUUUUUUUAAUUGAUAUUUCCUGCUGUAGCAACCAAACUGUUCUACUAAUAUAUUGUAUUGACAAUGCACUGUACAAAUUGUAUUACAGAAUGAAAUACAUAAAGAAUUGUACUAUUCCAUUA